GACAUUGCGACCAGUCGGAAUGAUAUGUGUCAAACACAGGGCAGGGUAGUAGAGGUCGCCUCUCUCACUGUAACACCUGCACACAUCGCACACAUGGAGACUGUGGCUGGAUGAACGACGCCUCUAAGACAGCGGUAUGAGAUGAGGACAAAGGUGGCACGUCAGUGGGAUAUUAUUAUUAUUAUCAGUGUAGAUUCCCAGCUUGGCAGCAGCUGUUCAUACUGACGCAAGUCAUACAUAUUCAAGGAGUCUGUACUGUCACCCAGACUAAGCACACUGUGUGCGUAGGUCUGGUGUUAGAACAAAUAUAUAGUCUGAUUUGAGUGUGCAGAAACCAGCAUCAUGCCCCUAUCAGACUUUCUGGACAGCCUGAAGGACAACCCAUACUUUGGGGCCGGGUUUGGACUAGUUGGAGUUGGGACAGCGUUGGCAGUGGCAAGGAAAGGUGCCCAGGUGGGAAUGGUCUUCUUCCGCAGGCACUACAUGAUCACACUGGAGGUGCCCAGCAGGGAUAAGAGCUACCACUGGCUGCUGAGCUGGAUCACCAAGCACGCCAGACACACUCAGCACCUGAGCGUGGAGACGUCCUACAUGGCACAUGAGAGUGGACGGGUUAAAACGCAGUUUGACUUUCACCCUAGUCCUGGGAACCACAUCAUCUGGUAUGGGAGGACAUGGAUCAGAGUGGAGAGGACCAGAGAGAAGCAGAUGGUGGACCUUCACACUGGAACCCCAUGGGAGUCUGUAACUUUCACUGCUUUAGGCAGAAACAGACAAAUCUUCUUUAACAUCUUACAAGAAGCAAGAGAAUUGGCCCUGAAGCAGGAAGAGGGACGUACAGUGAUGUACACAGCCAUGGGUGGCGAGUGGAGGCCCUUUGGGUUUCCACGGCGACGCAGACCGCUUAGCUCUGUGGUCCUGGAGGCAGGCGUGGGCGAAAAGAUCGUAGAUGAUGUGAAGGAGUUCAUCGGAAACCCCAAGUGGUACACAGACAGAGGCAUCCCCUACAGAAGAGGAUAUCUGCUGUAUGGUCCUCCAGGGUGUGGAAAAAGCAGCUUUAUAACGGCGUUGGCAGGUGAGCUAGGCUACAGCAUCUGUCUGAUGAGCCUGAGUGAUCGAUCCCUCUCAGAUGACCGUCUGAACCACCUCUUGAGCGUUGCACCGCAGCAAAGCAUCAUACUGCUGGAGGACGUAGAUGCAGCGUUUGUCAGCCGAGAACUGCUCCCCACAGAGAACCCUAUGGCCUAUCAGGGAAUGGGAAGACUGACUUUUAGCGGCCUGCUUAAUUCUCUGGAUGGAGUGGCGUCAUCUGAGGCCAGAAUAGUUUUUAUGACCACAAACUUCAUUGACAGGUUAGACGCAGCGCUGAUCAGACCCGGCCGUGUCGAUCUGAAGCAGUACAUUGGGAAUUGCACUCAUUGGCAGCUUACACAGAUGUUCCAGCGGUUCUACCCAGACCAGCCUGCCUCUGAAGCAGAGCGGUUUGCAGAGCGUGCCUUGGCCACUCACUCAGAGAUAAGCGCCGCUCAGGUGCAAGGACACUUUCUGCUGCACAAAAUGGACCCUGCAGGAUCUAUAGACAAUGUUGCCCAAAUGAAAGUAUAACAGGACUGGAAGGUGUUUGGAGACGGAUUACUCAAUAAAGAGAAACACGAGAAACAUAA